GGGAGAGGAGAAAGUGGUUUCCUCCUACAUAAUGACGAGCUGUACGAUUGUAAACAUUCGUUUGUUUCACAAUGAGAGACGCUGGAACGCGCACUUUUGAUUUCAGGACGGCAAAAUGAGUAAACAGAGUAAAAAAGGUCCCAUUUCUGUUGAAUUUGUACGGACAUAUGGGGAAAUUGAGCGUGUCAGUCUGUCGGGUGCCAGAGAAACUGUACACAAACAAACAGUAGUCUUCCACGUAGAAAGUGAACCUCCUACCAAUGUCGGUGAUUCACCAAGAACUUCUCCAUGUAUUGGAUCCCAGCGCCAUGUGUUGCAAAGGGAAAUGAUGACUUCUAGCCAGGAAUCACUUUGCACAUCAGGUGUGGUGCAGUCACAGGAACAUCAAAAAGACAGUGCAGGGGACUUCAAUGAUGGGGAGUGCGUGGAGUAUCCUCAGGGUUCACCGACCGCUAACAGAACAGAAAUACUGGCCACUGGUUCGCCAGAAAAAUCUCCAACUGACAGAGUCAGUCAUAGUGAUGCCAUGCUUCUAGAUAGCUCAGUUGGAUCUGGCUUGGAUGUCCCUUUCACUAGUCACAGUACCCCACACAUACCAAGUCUUUUUGACAAAAAGUCAGACUCCAUGUCUGAUUCUCUGUCAGAUAAAGAUCGGACCCAAACUUUGCCAGCUUUGAGACAUCCCGUGAAAGAUCAUUUGAGCGCUCUUUGGACAACAUUCUUGACAAGUGCUCAGAAAAGUCAUUAGACUUGAGUCUUAGUGUGGACUCUUGGAAUGGCACAGUUUCUGAAGGUGGCUCAAGACCAUUGGAUUCCACCCAAUCUUCAAUGGCUAAAAAUGUCAAAAGUGAUAAAAAGAAGAAAACAUCUUGGUAUACUAUGUUGAGCCCAACUUACAAAUCACGAAGUGAUGAUUUUAAGAAGACUUUUAAGGACAUACCAAAGGAAGAAAGGCUUAUUGUUGAUUAUUCAUGUGCCAUGCAGAAAGAUAUUCUAGUACAAGGGCGUAUGUAUAUAUCUCAAAACUGGAUUUGCUUCUAUGCCAACAUAUUUCGCUGGGAGACUGUGCUAACCAUUCCAUGUAAAGACAUCACAGCCAUCACAAAAGAAAAGACGGCCCGUGUCAUCCCAAAUGCUAUCCAGAUCACCACAACAACCGAAAGAUACUUCUUUACGUCAUUUGGAGCUAGGGACAAAACCUACAUGAUGCUUUUUCGCAUCUGGCAGAAUGCUCUGCUUGAUCAGCCCAUGCCGUCCAAGGAGCUGUGGCAGUGGAUCCACUACAACUACGGGGAUGAGCUGGGCUUGACGUCAAGUGAUGAUGAUUAUGUGCCGCCGCCAGGGACAGAAGAACUUCGAGAGAAAUUGAAGGACAACAGCAUAAAUCAGAAGGAUUUGACAGAUUCUUCUGACCAGCCCCCACCCAAUGACAGCCAAGCAGUGGCCAGCAAUGAAGACACUGAUGCUCUUGUUUCAGAUGAGGUGUUCAACCAGUCGCCAUCCUCACACACAACUGCCCCUAUCCUCCCAAACAUCCCUACAGACUUUGGUGACACAUCAGAUGACAGUGACAGUGAAGUGAUGUGUGUGGGACAUGAUCAUCUUGAGAAGCUGUAUCUAGAUGAGGUUUUUGGCCUUAAUGUUGACAAAAUGUUCGAGAAUAUGUUCUCUGACUCUCCUUUCUUCAGAAUGUUUGUCGGCUCAAGAAAAACAUUUGAUCUGAACCUUCCUAAAUGGCAAGAGGAUCCUGAUGAGGAGGGAAACAAGGUGCGAAACAUCAGCUACACUUUGACACUCAACAAUUCCAUAGGCCCCCGCACUGCUCCUACUACAGAGAGACAAAUCUGCUACAAGGAGAGCACGCCGGGCAAAAUGUAUUGCGUAGAUUGCGAAAUCGGCCACAGUGGCAUCCCAUACAGUGACUCCUUUUAUGUGGUUUUGCGCUACUGUCUGACGCGAGUCUCACGAACAAAGUGUCGAGUUCGCAUCACAAGUGAGCUGAAGUUCCGCAAGCAUGUGAUGGGAAUGAUCAAAGGCAUGAUUGAGAAAAGUGCGGUGAAUGGACUUACUGACAACUUCAGGUGUCUCUCUGCUCACAUGCGACGAGAAGCAGAGCGACAGGAACUUCAUCUACCUGGUCAUCAGCUGCCAAAGAAGAAACUGCGACGGCGCCGUAAGCCCCAUGCAAGCGUCUCUGACAGCCUGGUACAGCCACGGCUGACUGCAGACCGACAGGUGCCUUCUGCACCUCCCUCACCUAUUCGAGGGAUCAGUGUCCGAGAAGAUGGUACAAUCAAGGUGAAUGCAGACAUGCUGGUUCGUGUUCUUGCCUUCAUACUUAUUCUGCUAGUGAUGUUCAACGCUAUGCUAUUUUACAAGCUUUGGGCACUUGAGGCUUCAACUAGUGGACUAUUGUCCAUCUACAGCGAUGAUGAGAUAAACAAUUUAAUGGAACAACCACGGAGUCAGGAGGAAUGGGGACAGUUACUACGGCAACAGAGGUCUUUACAUGAGAAUGAGGUGGAAAAAUGGCGGCAAAUUUUGUAUACAUCAGUUGAACUCAUGGAUCAUAUGAAAAAAUCCCUCUUGGAUCUGCAUGGUCGCCUUGAUGUUCGGCUGCAGAGUAAAGCAGAGGAGGAUAGUACUGCUUCUUCAGCUAGUGAAAGUGUCGCAAACUCUGAGAAGCGAGUUUCAAGAGAAAGUGAAUGGACUUCCUCUGCAGAACAUGCAAGCCAUGUCUGUGAUACUUCUGGCUGUUAGUUUCUGUUCAAUGUGAUUUUGUUGUACAAGGACAUGUUUGCGUGAUUUCACCACAUGAAUGUGUCUGUGAUGUGAGUGGUUCAAAAAGUGAGAAGAAGCAUCAUACUUCAGUGUUCCUUGUGGCAGUUGAAGGAGUCUGUUUCUGUGAAAGCCUUCAUGUAUGGGGUGUGCUUGCAUGGAGUGGCAGUUUAUAAUGAGAUUGUAAUGAAGGGGAAAAAGUAAUAAAGAAACUGGGUGUAAAUUUCUUUAAAAUAUUAAGGAAUACUGUCUUUGGAGAAAAGACAGGUUUCUGUUAUUUUGCUUGUUGGUAGAUUUUUUUUUCACAUGGAUCACCUGAUUGUCAGGAAAGAUGUUUCAUUGACAAAAAAUUUAUAGUUCACCUUGUGUGUCUGCUGAUGAUGAAUUUUGGUUUGUUAGUGAAAUUUUUUUAAAUGUACAUAUUUUUGUGCACUAUAUAAGCUGUUUGCAAGAUGCCAACACUAGGUGUCUAGCAAUCCAGCUUUUACUUUCUAGAUGCCACGAACAAUGACGUUUUACAUGACAGUCUACAAUAUAUGGUGCUGUUCGAUUUUGAGUACACCUUCACAAGCAUAAGACCUAGACAUCUGCUUCUUACUCAAAACAGUCACUGUUACAGUUGCCACUGUCAUUGCUUUCACAUCUUCUGUUGCUGACUUCCUUGCCAUCAGGCAGUCACUUUUAGAGGAGCACUGACAGUAAGCCCAGUUGUCUUUUUGUAAUCUUUUGUCCAAUGUGCUUCACAAAGCCUGGAGAAAUGUGCAGUGUUCUGUGUGUGGCACGGCAGUGGCAUGACCAGUCCUGAACUUCUGGCUUCAUUGUCACUCUUUGUCACUACGUUUGUUGUUACUCACCAUGCAGGUCAUGUUUGCCUUCUUUGGUCUUUCCAUCACGGAUUUUGCUCUCAGCCAUGCUGGUCAUGUUCUCACUGUUGGUCUGGUGGCGCAGCAGUUAGCAUCUGUCACCAGUAGAGCAAGGUGUAGCUGUCUUAGGUUCAGAUCUUGCAUUGGGCACACUAUUCUUUCUCUCAAUGUGGAAUUUGUUUACAGGUCUGGCUGCUUUGGCAUGAUAUAGUCUUAGUUCCUUACACAGCAUAAAAACCAAAUUUCCCCUUCCCACCACCUCACUACCCUACCACCCCACCACCGUGCUCCUUCACUGUUGAUCACUGUUUCCAUAGAGGCUAUUUGUCACAGGGAUCAUCAGCAUCUUCGUAAUCUUUUUAAUGCAUCAGGAUUAACCAUGAGAUAAAGUCUACCUGCCUUGUCUUGUAGGAGCUACCUGAAAAACU